AUGGUACCAACAACUACAACAUCCUCAGAGGUCACAGUUAACUGUGUGGUUGAAGAAUCAACUACCACUGGUAAUAUUGCUGUUUCAUUGCCAGACAAUGCUGCCGUAGAGUCAAGCCAACAACAUCACUCACACCAACCACACGCACAUCACCACCACAACCACCGUGGACAUAACGGUCACCACCAUCACAACCACAGCCACAACCAUGGUCACCACCAUCACCCUGCCGCCGCCGGAAAUGGACAUCACCACCAUGCCAAUGGAAACAAUGGCGCCAUCGUCCAUCCAAUGAUGCAUCCACAUGCCCAUCCACACUCACAGCCACAUCACCAUCACCCACACCACCAAAUGGUGAUGCCACCGAUGCCACACCAUCCAAACAACUACAACUACCUGGCAUCACAAUACACCUCACUAUAUGUUGGCGAUCUUGCACCCGAUGUCAAUGAAAUCAUGUUGAGUGAACUCUUUUCAAAGGUUGGCCGUUCCGCCGUUGCCUCUAUCCACGUCUGUCGUGACUCUAUCACUUUCCGCUCACUCGGAUACGCUUAUGUCAACUUUUUCAACUCGAUCGAUGCCGAGCGUGCUUUAGAUACAUUGAACUACUCACAGAUCAUGGGUCGUCCAUGCCGUAUCAUGUGGUCACUCCGUGAUCCAACCAAGCGUAAAUCAAACGUAGGCAACAUCUUUGUCAAGAAUCUCGAUAAACAAGUCGACAAUGCUAUGCUUUUCGAUACAUUCAGCAAGUUUGGAAACAUCUUGUCAUGCAAGAUCGAGUAUGAAAAGGGUGUUUCCAAGGGAUACGGUUACGUCCACUUUGAGACACAAGAGUCUAGCGAUCGUGCCAUCCAAGGAGUCAACGGAACCAUGUUGUGUGGAAAGCCAAUCACUGUCGAGCAGUUUGUCUCCAAGGUGGAGCGUUUCAAAGAGAAGAACGAACACAAAUUGUUUAUCAAGAACAUCGAUGAGCUAGCCACCGUAGAACAGCUCCAAGCAGAGUUGUCUCGUUUCGGUGAGAUUGAAUCUUGUAUUAUUAGAUUGGACAACAAUGGAAAAUCAAAGGGAUUGGGAUUCGUCGAGUUUAAGUCGGUCGAGGACGCCCAACGUCUCAUGGACAAUCCAGAACCAAUCCAAAUCCUUUCGAAACCAAUCACCAUCGAUCGUAUUAAAAAUAAAAUGGAAAGAAACAUUGAGCAUCGUCAGAUCAAACAACAACAAGCCAAUGGAAAUCCAAACAACAACAACAAUGUUGUCAAUAACUCUACAGCGCCAACAGUAGCAGCAACAACAACAACAACAACGACAACAGUUGAUAGCAAUGGAAAUCCAACCAACAGCAGCAACAACAAUAAUUCAGUAGCACCAACCAAUUUAACAUUAUUUAUUCACAAUAUCGAUGAAUCCAUCGACAAGGAAGUUAUUCGUGAGGAAUUUGCCAAGCAUGGAACCAUUUUGGGUAUCAAGAUCGUUCAAGAGAAUGGAAAGAACCGUGGAUUCGGAUUCCUCUCGUACUCUACUCAGGAGGAGGCCAACAUUGCCAUUGAAAAGAUGAACGGAUUCAUUCUGGGAAGCAAGCCACUCUCUGUCAGUUUCUCCAAUCGUAAAUACAAGAAGCGUAUGCAACAGUUGCAAAGCAACGGCAGCAACGACCCAUCACAACCACAACCACAACCCCAUAUACCAUUACAACCGAUGCCAUACUACUUCCGUAAUCCAUACCAUCACCACCACCCACACCCACACUCACCACACCACCAAGGUCAAGUUUUCCACCCACACCAACAACCACCAUACUAUACACAUCAAAUGCCACCCAAUGGCACCACAAAUGUCGUCCAACCCACGUUAUAA